CUAAACCCAACACGGAAGCCUUCCUUUGGUCUUGACUGCUUGGCACCCUGGCACUGCGCUGAAGAGGACAUCUGUCGUUUUACUCCUUUUUUGUUACUUAACUCACCAGUUUUGUUUGGAUCCCUUAAACUUUAAAGUAGGACUCCCCGGACAACAACAUGCUCUCACCGAGGUUCCUGCUGCUGCGGUCGGCUGCGUCUUUGACAACCAGGUCGCUCUGCGCAGGGGGCGUGUCCAACAAAGGCAGGGCGCCGGACAUGGCGGAAGGAAAUCCACUUUUACACGUGUCAAAUGUGAGGAACAGGCUGAGAGAAAUCGUUGGAGCGUCCACUAACUGGAGUGACCAUCAGCAGGCGAUGGCAGAGCGCGUGUCACUGUCGUCCAUGUUGGCAAAGUCUCAAAAAGACCUCCCAUCGAAGACGAUGCAGGACAGCUACCUGGAGGUCCACCUGCCUCUAGGCUCCGAACCACAGCUCAGGGAGAAAUACCUGACGUACCACAACACUGUCAGGUUUGGUAGAAUCCUGGAGGACUUGGACAGUUUAGCAGUCCUCAUCUCUUACUCUCACACCUAUAACACUGCCCUGAAGAGGACUCCUCUGUCCAUUGUCACCGCCCUGGUGGACAAGAUCGACAUGAGGCAGCACAUCAUCUACCCUGACUGCGACAUCAAGUUCACCGGUCAUGUGACGUGGGUGGGAAGCACAUCGAUUGAAGCCAAGAUGCACGUGUCACAGUACCAUGAUGGAGCGUACUCCCCGGUGCUGGAUGCUACAUUUGUCAUGGUGGCCCGGGAUCCAGAGAACAAGAGAGCCGCCUAUGUGAAUCCACUGAAGCCAGAGGGCCCAGAGGAGGAGAAGAUUUUUCAGGAAGGAGAAGCUAAUAAAUCCCGCCGUCAGGAACUGAGCACCGCGUCGUUGCUUAAAGUGGCUCCUACAGACGAGGAGAGGAAGAUCGUACACAGUCUGUUCCUCAACACCCUGGACACAAAGACGGUCAGUUUCCGCAGCAGACUGCUUCCCCCAAACUCAGUGUGGAUGGAAGAUGCCAAACUGAAAGGACUGGAGAUCUGCCACCCUCAGGAGAGGAACAUCUUCAACAGGAUAUUUGGAGGUUUUCUGAUGAGGAAAGCCUACGAGCUGGGCUGGGCCAACGCAUGCUCCUAUGGAGGGUGCCGGCCGAGUCUGGUGGCUGUGGAUGAUAUCCUCUUCCAGAAACCUGUGGACAUCGGCUCCCUGCUGCUGCUCUCAUCACAGGUGUGUUACACACAGGGGAACUACAUCCAGGUUAGAGUUCACAGUGAGGUAUUCGACCCGCUGACCCGCCAAAGCAACACGACCAACGUCUUCCACUUCACCUUUGUGUCUGACCGGGACGUCCCAAACAUCAUUCCAAUGACCUACGGAGAGUCGAUGCUGUAUCUGGACGGGAAAAGACACUUCAAUCAGACUAUAGAGUCCUGAAAGCAGAAUGUCGCAAACCUGCCGAAGCCUUACAGCAUCUGACCUACCAGUCUUGAUAUAUAUAUACUGUAUGUGUGUGUGUGUGUAUUUGAAGAAUGAAUGCGUGUUUAGUACAGAUAUUUUUUUGUAUCACACCAUCUCAACUUUACACAACCAACAUGUUCGAUUUUGUUUGAAUUCUGUUGCUUUACAUUUUAUUGUAUGAACAACACAAAUGCAGCUUUUUUUUAUUAUUUUAUAAUGUAUCUGCUCUUUGUUUCACAGGUGUAAUCAGAGUUAGUUUGCGCAGUCUGCGUUUACAACUUCAGUCGUGUUUUAGUGGUGAAAAAGUGAGACAAACUUCUGUUCCUCGCCUUACAUUUACCUCAUAAACUAUAUUCCCUUUUUUAACGAUUGCAUGGCUUUACAGAUAUGUUACAUUUUUAUAUUCCACUGUCGCUUAUACGCACAAAACUGUACUCUUUACUUUGAGUGAGAAGCUUUAUUCUGAAUGUAUCAGACUGCAGUGAGAAAGAGGUGUACUUAAAUUGUGUAUUUACUCAAAUGCAAUAAAUUGAUUCUUAUUUAUCUUGAA